AUUUCGCUUAGCAUAAUACCCUGUAGUUCCAUCCACAUCGUUGCAAAUGAUAGCCCAGGCUCCUUAAAAAUAUAGAAACGUAACAUGGAGGGGAGAAAGCGACUGUGCGGAGAACGUGCCUCGACCGAGCGCUUGGAUUCAGCUGCUUCAUUUCCAACAUGGAAGAAACUUACAUCGAUUCCCUGGACCCUGAAAAGCUAUUACAAUGCCCCUAUGAUAAAAACCACCAGAUCAGGGCCUGCAGGUUUCCUUAUCAUCUUAUCAAGUGCAGAAAGAAUCAUCCUGAUGUCGCAAACAAAUUGUCUACUUGUCCCUUCAAUGCUCGCCACCAGGUUCCUCAGGCUGAAAUCAGUCAUCGUAUCUCAAGCUGUGAUGAUAAAAGUUGUAUUGAGCAGGAUGUUGUCAACCAAGGCAGGAACCUUGGACAAGAGACUCUGGCUGAGAGCACAUGGCAGUGCCCUCCUUGCGAUGAGGACUGGGAUAAAGAUCUAUGGGAACAGACCAGCACCCCAUUUGUCUCGGGCACAGCCAACUACUGUGGCAACAACAGCCCUGCAAGCAAUAUAGUUAUGGAACAUAAGAGUAACCUGGCUUCAGGCAUGCGUGUUCCCAAGUCUCUGCCGUAUGUUCUGCCAUGGAAAAACAAUGGAAAUGCACAGUAACUGAAUAUCUCAUCAAAUGCCAGACCCUAGAAGACUCUUGCUUCUUCCUGCUACCGAUGGGUUCUUCGUGGUUUUUUCCUCCUAAUCUAAUUAUAGAAAGAUAAACUGUGACUUUCAAACUGACAAGUACCUUUUUUUUUUCCUCCCUGCUCUGAGUUUUCACUCAUUUGAUGCAAGAAAGAACCGUCAAACUCAGAACUGUUUCAAAUAAAGCAUCAACGUAGGAAAAAAAAAAAAAAAAAGAAACGUAACAUGGAAAUGCAGCUCCCUCCAAGCUGCACGUAGGCAAACAAAUGUUUAAUUUCAAACCCUAUUACUAGCCCUAUAAAUAUGGCCCUUAGGGAGAUGGUCAGUUGGAAGUCUCACCUGAGGGGAGGACGCUCCUCUCAGUCAGGACUCCAGCCUGGCUGUUUCCACGGGGCUUCCCCAGUUAAUGAGUUUGGAUAUUGUAAGUACCCGAUUUGAUGUAACUUUGCCUUAUUCUCAUUUAUUGCCUACUAUUACCUUCUUCAUCUAUGUGUAGAUUCCUUUUCUCUUCUGUUUCCUUUGGGUUUCUAUAAUAAUAAUAAAAUUUUCUUUCCUUUUUGAAACCAAAGCACGACUGUUGUGACUCUUUUGCAGAACAGAAGGAUGGAAGCUUUAAGAGAGCACUGGUCUUUGUUUUGCUCACUGCUGUGUCCCAAGAGCCUAGAAGAAUGCCUGGCACAUAGUAGAUUCUCAGUACAUUUAAAUAAUUUCUUCUGUAUAGGAAAUAGCUUCGUCUUUUACAGACCACACAAAAUAACAAUCUCUUUAUAUUCUCGGACAACGAUAUCUCCUUUGCUUUCUCCCUCAUUCUCCGUCCACCCUUAUCACAUCUCCUGGAAGAGAAUGCUGAUGAGUCAGAAACUUGGACAAUGACUCUGCUGAGUUUUCUAGGGAUAGAGUGUUCAAAGAAGUUAAAGCUCAGUAAAAGGUCAGCUCUUGAGUGAAUGGCCUCUCCUCAAGUAUCUUCCUUCCACAUUCUCUCUCACCCUGUGGCUCCAUUUCCCUGCUGCUAGAAGUAGAUACUGGAUCUACUUUUCCUCCUAUCUGAACUGAUUACAGGUCCAGGACUCAGGUUUAGUAUUUGGAGGGGACUGGAAAUUCUAUGAGGACAGAAACCUUGUCAAUUUCUGCUCUCAGUUAUGUUCUCAGCACCUAGCAUAGUGCCUGUCCUCUGUCUCUCUUUCUCUCUCUCUCUUUGUUUCUUUGUCUCUAGUCUCUGUCUCUCUGUCUCUCCCAUCUUUCUACAGAGAGAGGUCGCUUUAAAUGAAUGAAUGUGGAAAGAUAGAACUCAAACCAUGCUUUGGAUAAUUUAGGAGAAAGGAGACUUUGACAUGAUCUAGUUUAGCAUAUCAGAUUACUACUUUCUGGUAUGGAGUGAAAAAUCAGCUCAUUGUAAAAUGCCACUUUACCUUCUAUGUGUUGGUCUCUGAACUGGGCAUACAUUUCCAUCAAGAACCUUGAAGUUUUACUGGGUUCUCUGGUCAUAAUAUCAUUUAAGAGCCUCAAAUCUCAUCCUAUUUUCCAACAUGAGUCAAUUUUUUUAAAAAGUUAUAGCAUUUAUACAAGAAUUAUGGUCAGGCUAGAUUCUAGCCUUUGAAAAAGCUUACUGAUUUGAGAUAUGGAGCCUUGGAAAAUUACAGACCCCUGUCCCUGGCACUAGCUAAGCAUCUGAAAGGGUCACAGCUGGCCAGGCUAUGGUUGUUAAAUUGUGAUUGCCAAGUGCUAGGCUCCUUGAGGUGCUACUUUAAUGUGCUUAUUAAUCCUCAACAAGUUUGGGCGCCUGGGUG